GGCGCUCACGGGCCGGGGCCGCGGCGGCAGUCGCGGCCGAGAGAUGGCGGGGGGCCGCGGGACCCCGGCGCGGCGCUGAGCCCCGCCGCCCUCCUCAGCGCCCGGCCGCCGCCGGGACCCCCGCGGAGGCUCAGCUCCCCCAGACUGCCCUCGAUCUCGGCGCCCAGGCGCGUGCCCACCAUGCCCGUGGUCGGUGUCCUGCUCUGGGCCACCCUGCUGACUCUGGGCUGGCGGGCUGCCCAUCCCAAGGACCACGGCUUUGCUACCCCCAGGGUCCAGCUCUCCUUCAAAGAGCUGAAGGCAACGGGCACAGCACACUUCUUCAACUUCCUUCUCAACUCCAGCGACUACCGCAUCCUGCUGAAGGACGAGGACCACGACCGCAUGUAUGUGGGCAGCAAGGACUACGUCCUCUCGCUGGACCUCCACGACAUCAACCGCGAGCCCCUCAUCAUCCAUUGGCCUGCGUCCCAGCAGAGGAUCGAGGAGUGCAUCCUGUCAGGCAAGAACAGCAAUGGGGAGUGUGGCAACUUCAUCCGCCUGAUCCAGCCCUGGAACCGGACACACCUCUACGUGUGCGGCACCGGCGCCUACAACCCCAUCUGUGCCUUCGUCAACCGCGGGCGCAAAGCCCAGGGGUUUCCGCCGAGCCAGCCGGGAGGCCAGGAAAGCAGAUCCACCGACAGCCCCCUCAGCCCGAGACCAGCACAAAGCAAGGAUUAUAUCUUCUACCUGGAGCCAGACAAGCUGGAGUCGGGCAAGGGGAAGUGUUCCUAUGACCCCAAAGUAGACACCGUCUCUGCAUUAAUAAAUGAAGAGCUUUAUGCUGGCGUCUACAUCGACUUCAUGGGCACAGACGCAGCCAUCUUCCGCACCAUGGGCAAGCAGACAGCCAUGAGGACAGACCAGUACAAUUCCCGCUGGCUCAACGACCCAGCUUUCGUCCGUGCCCAGCUGAUCCCUGACAGCAGCGAGAGGAAUGAUGACAAGCUCUACUUCUUCUUCCGGGAGAAGUCGGCUGAUGCCCCACUGAGUCCUGGGGUCUAUUCUCGCAUCGGGCGCAUCUGCCUGAAUGACGACGGGGGCCAUUGCUGCCUUGUGAACAAGUGGAGCACCUUCCUGAAGGCUCGGCUCGUCUGCUCUGUGCCAGGACCCGAUGGAAUUGAAACACACUUCGAUGAGCUCCAGGACGUCUUCAUCCAGCAGACUCAGGACACCAAGAACCCUGUUAUCUACGCUGUGUUCUCUGCUUCGGGGUCGGUCUUCAAAGGCUCUGCUGUGUGUGUCUACUCGAUGGCUGACAUCCGCAUGGUCUUCAAUGGGCCCUUUGCCCACAAGGAGGGACCCAACUACCAGUGGAUGCCCUACACAGGAAAAAUGCCCUACCCCCGUCCAGGCACUUGCCCUGGGGGGACCUUCACCCCCUCCAUGAAGUCAACCAAGGACUACCCUGACGAGGUGAUCAACUUCAUGCGCGCACACCCGCUGAUGUACCACGCCGUGUACCCCACGCACCGCCAGCCGCUGGUGGUCCGCACCAAUGUCAACUACCGCUUCACCACCGUGGCCGUGGACCAGGUGGACGCGGCAGACGGGCGCUAUGAGGUGCUUUUCCUGGGCACAGAUCGGGGCACUGUGCAGAAGGUCAUUGUGCUCCCCCGGGAUGACAUGGAGACAGAGGAGCUCAUGCUGGAGGAGAUUGAAGUGUUCAAGGUGCCAGCACCCAUCAAGACAAUGACCAUCUCCUCCAAGAGGCAACAGCUGUAUGUGUCCUCGGCCGUAGGCGUGACCCACCUGGCCCUGCACCGCUGUGACGUGUACGGGGAAGCCUGUGCUGACUGCUGCCUGGCCCGGGAUCCCUACUGUGCCUGGGAUGGCAGCGCCUGCACCCGCUACUCCGCCUCCUCCAAGAGGCGGAGCCGGCGGCAGGACGUCCGGCAUGGCAACCCCAUCCGGCAGUGCCGCGGCUACAACUCCAACGCUAACAAGAACACGGUGGAGGCUGUGCAGUACGGGGUGGAGGGCAGCACAGCCUUCCUGGAGUGCCAGCCCCGCUCGCCUCAGGCCAGCGUCAAGUGGCUGCUGCAGAAGGACAACAGCGACCGGCGGAAAGAGCUGCGGGUGGAGGGCCGGGUGCUGCGCACGGAGCAGGGCUUGCUGCUGCGCGCCCUCCAGCUCAGCGACAGCGGCCUCUACUCCUGCACCGCCACCGAGAACAACUUCAAGCACACGGUGACCAAGGUGCAGCUCCGCGUCCUCAGCAGCCGCGCCGUCCACGCCGUGCUGGUCCAGGCAGAGACCCCCCCUGGCCUGCCGGGUGCCCCCACUCCCCGCUACCAGGACCUGCUGCAGCUCCUCAGCCAGCCCGAAAUGGGACUCCUGGACCAGUACUGCCAGGGCUACUGGCGGCACACGGCCGCCAGCCCCCCGCAGCCGCUGGCUGGCCUCAAAGCCAAGGAGCAGCAGGACCAGAAGAAGCCUCGAAACCGCCGGAAUCACCAGCCAGAGACCUAUGGGCAUACAUGAAACCAUCAUCAGGGACUUUGCUAGCACAGUGGUCUAUUUUUCCCCCCUUUUAAUAUUAAAAAUA